UUGUGCGUAAUUACCUCCCUUAAACUUCCGGUGUUGUUUCUUCGCCUUCCAAGGUCGAACGAUUUGGCUGUCUUCUUGAAAUACUUUAUUUCUCAAAGAAAAGGAACUAACCAUGAAAGUUCUAGACACAAUUCAUGCUUCAGAUGAGCCAGAGGAAGAACCAGAAGCUGAAGAAGAAGAAGAAGAGGAAGAAGAAUUAGAAGAUAUCCACGACCAUUUGCGUGCUAAAUGUCGAGAGGAUAAUUGUUCAAAGUAUCAGGAGAAGUUAGAUACUUGUAAUGACCGUGUGAAUUCUCGCACUAAAACAUCUGAAGACUGUACUGAAGAAAUAAUGGAUUUAUUUCAUUGUGUUGAUUAUUGUGCAGCAAAAACAUUGUUUUCGAAGUUGAAAUAAUGAAGGAGUUCGUAGAGGCUUUUACAAAGCUGUAAAUUUAUUUAGAUCAACAGACAAUUUUUUUUGUAAAUUCUUCAUGUAAAAAUACAAGUCUAAAAUAAAUUUUGUUUCAUUGACUUGAU